AUGUAUAAUGCUUAUGAGAAAAACUUCACUGAUUGCAAGGCUCUUGUAGUCCAUGAGAAGAGGCACAAUAUAGUGAAGUCUCAUGGAUGUAAGCAAUGUGGAAAAGCUUUCAUUCAAUAUGCUACCCUUCAUAUUCAUCAAACAACUCACAUUACAGAGAAACCCUAUGGAUGUAAGCAAUGUGGGAAAGCCUUUAGUCAUACCAGUUACCUUCAGAAACAUAGAAGAACUCACACUGGAGAGAAACCCUAUAGAUGUAAGCAAUGUGGGAAAGCCUACACUACUUCCACUAACCUUCGCACUCAUGAACGAACUCACACUGGAGAGAGACCCUAUGCAUGUAAGCAAUGUGGGAAAGCCUUUACUUGUUCUAGUACCCUUCGUACACAUGAAAGGACUCACACUGGAGAGAAACCCUAUGCAUGUAAGCAAUGUGGGAAAGCCUUUACUCAUUCCACUAACCUUAAAAUACAUGAAAGAACUCACACUGGAGAGAAACCCUAUGCAUGUAAACAAUGUGGGAAUGCAUACACUUCUUCCAUUGCACUUCAUAGUCAUGAAAAAACUCACACUGGAGAGAAACCCUAUGCAUGUAAGCAAUGUGGGAAAGCCUUUGCUAAUUCUGGUCACCUUCAGAGACAUAGAAGAAUUCACACUGGAGAGAAACCCUAUGCAUGUAAGCAAUGUGGGAAAGCCUUUACUCAUUCCAGUCACCUUAAACUACAUGGAAGAACUCACAAUGGGGAGAAACCCUAUGGGUGUAAGCAGUGUGGGAAAGCCUUUGCUCAUUCCAGUCGCCUUAAAAUACAUAGAAGAACUCACACUGGAGAGAAACCCUAUGCAUGUAAGCAAUGUGGGAAAGCCUACACUUGUUCCACUACUCUUCGUGUUCAUGAAAGAACUCAUACUGGAGAGAAACCGUAUAGAUGUGAGCAAUGUGGGAAAGCCUUUACUCGUUCCAGUCCCCUUCAGAAACAUAGAAGAACUCACACUGGAAAGAAUCUGUAUGGAUGUAAGGAAUGAGGGAAAGCCUUUACUCAUUCCAGUCACCUUUAAAUACAUGAGCGAACUCACAGUGGAGGGAAACCCUAUGGAUGUAAGCAAUGUGGAUAGGU